AUGGAAAACAGAGGGAGAGAUAUUGACAUCGAUGAGCCAGGAUUUGAAGACCACACCAGGCCGCAAAAAGAAAUCCUGGGAACUAAGUACGUUGAAAUGGAAGAGAUUGACUUCUGCCCAUAUUCGCCGAGCCCAGAAGAAAAAGCGUUUUUUGAAGCAGUUCGUAGCGGUAAUUCAGCCGAAGUGGAAGAGCUGAUAAAUGUCAAACACGUGGAUUUAGACUGCACAAAUGUCAACGGGAAAACGGCGCUACAAAUAGCAGUGAAGAGGGAAGCGUUUGAUAUGGCAUCGGGGUGGCCUUGUUCGAAGCCGUCAGGAAUAAUUCGUUGCAGUAUGUCAGAAUUCUUGUAG